AUGUUUCCCCUCAGAAAAACAAAGAGAGCUUUCUACUCCGUCGUUGCCGGAGACGGCGACUUUACGCCGGCAAGGAAACGACGGCGAUGUGUUUCUUCUAUUUCUCCCUCGCCAGAAACUAAACCCGGACCCGAUUUUCUAGAUUCAAUCCCCGACGAUCUUGUUAUUUCAAUCCUCUGUAGACUUGGCUCUACAGCUCGAUGUCCUGCUGAUUUCAUCAACGUUUUGAUGACAUGUAAGAGAUUAAACAGUUUAGCAACGAAUCCUCUGGUUUUGUCGAGAUUGUCUCGGAAAGCUGUCGCCGUCAGAGCUCAUAAUUGGUCGGAAUCAGCUCACCGGUUUCUCAAACGCUGCGUCGACGCCGGAAGUCUCGAGGCUUGCUACACUCUCGGAAUGAUUCGGUUCUACUGUCUGCAAAACAGAGGAAACGGCGCGUCGCUGAUGGCUAAAGCAGCGAUUAGUUCUCACGCGCCGGCGUUAUACUCUCUAGCCGUGAUUCAGUUCAACGGAAGCGGCGGUUCUAAGAACGAUAAGGAUCUUAGAGCCGGUGUGGCUCUAUGCGCUCGUGCUGCUUUCUUAGGACACGUGGACGCUCUCCGUGAGCUUGGUCACUGUCUCCAAGACGGAUACGGAGUUCCGCAGAAUGUCUCCGAAGGUCGGAGAUUCCUUGUUCAAGCAAACGCUCGUGAACUCGCCACCGUUUUAUCUUCCGGGAUCGAAGCAAGGUCGUGGCUCGCUUUAUCGCAGCCUCAAGUCCCUAAUUCUAACCAAAUCCAAAUCCACGGUUGUCCAUUGUUGAGCGAUUUUGGAUGUAAUGUACCGUCGCCGGAAACACAUCCGGCGAAUCGGUUUUUAGCGGAUUGGUUCGCCGUACGCGGCGGAGAUUCUCCAGGAGAUGGGUUGAGGUUGUGUUCUCACGGUGGAUGUGGACGGCCGGAGACGAGGAAGCAUGAGUUUCGGAGAUGUUCGGUUUGUGGCGUCGUGAAUUAUUGCUCGCGCGCUUGUCAAGCUCUUGAUUGGAAACUCCGGCAUAAGAUGGAUUGUACUCCGGUGGAACAAGAUGUAGGUGCCGGUGACGGUGAAGGUAACGUUCAGAUUGACGGAAAUCUUAACGGUGAUAACGUAUUCGUCCCAAUGAGUUAA